GCACAAUGGCCAAGAACAAACUAAGAGGGCAGAAGUCCAGGAAUGUAUUUCAUAUAGCCAGCCAAAAAAACUUUAAGUCUAAAAACAAAGCAAAACCAGUUACUGCUGGGCGCCUGGGUGGCUCACUGAUUCCUCAGCAGUGUCAUGAAAAUGAACCAGUUAAUGUUGAUGAAGCGACAAGAUUAAUGGCUCAGUUGUAA